UGAGAAUCAUUCAUGGAUCUUUGACAAUAUGGAAAUUUUAAGUAUAAUUUGUGUUUUUAGUUUAAUAAGUAAUGCGUAUUCGGCCCAAGUAAGAGUUGACCCAUUAGUGCUAAUUGAUCAAGGACUUGUAAGAGGCUUAAAAUCCAGCGACGCGAACUAUUCACAGUUUUUGGGAAUACCAUAUGCGCAAGUGGAUUUGGACAAUCCUUUUGGAGCUGCACGUCAUCAUCCCGGCUUUGAUGAAGAAAUCUUUAACGCAUAUGACGAUUCCAUAGUAUGUCCGCAAACUGUUAAAUCAUCAAUGCGAUCGGAUAGUGAUGCAAUUGAAACUUUAGAUUGUUUGCGGUUGAAUAUCUACGUUCCUACGAUAGCUAGUUCACAAAAUCCAUUGCCAGUAUUAGUAUGGUUUCACGGGGGUAACUAUGUCGUUGGUAGUGCUAAUAGUUACGAUCCUGAAAAUCUAGUAAGACAAGGAAUUGUCGUUGUCACAGUUAAUUAUCGGUUAGGUCCCUAUGGAUUCAUGUGCCUCGACGUACCUAAUGUUCCCGGAAAUCAAGGUCUAAAAGACCAAUAUGAAGCUCUUACAUGGGUAAGAAGAAAUAUACGCGCUUUUGGAGGAAAUCCCUAUAACGUGACCAUUGGAGGGCAAAGUGCAGGUGCAGGGUCUGCUUUACUUCACUUAUAUUCCAAUAAAGACAAACUUUUCAGUAAAGUAAUUGCUCAAAGUGGUACUCCUCAUAAACCUGGGUCAUUCGUCAACGCAGAUGUCGAAGUCGCUAAACAAUUAGCUCUACACCUUGGAUUCAAUACCACAGACACAUCUGAAGCGUUAGAAUUCCUCAAAGGCACACAUCACAAAUUAGUAUCUGGUGCAGCUGCAGAUUUGGAUUUAAAACUAAGGCCGUGUAAAGAAAGGUCUUUUAGCGGAGUAGAGAACUUCAUAGUCACGGAUCCAUUUUCUCUUUCAAAUGCUAAGAAAGUUAAAGGGACUCCGAUAUUAAUAGGUCAGACUAGCAACGAGUAUUAUGGUACUAAUGCUAACGAAGAUGAUGAAUAUUAUAAGUCCAAUAUAUUUUAUGAGACUUUAAAAGAAAGUUUUUAUCUAAACAAUGAACAAAUGGAAGAAGCUGCUCUAAUUGCUCAACAUUUUUACAUUGGUGACGAACCAAGUUCGAGAGAUUUAUCAUUUGAAUUAGAUAAUUUUUCUACGGAUUUUCUUAUGAAACAUCCCAUAGAACGCACUACCUCUAACUUACUAAAGGAAAAUGCGAAACCAGUGUACCAAUAUGAAUUUAGUUAUGUUGGAGAUAGUGAGAAAGACGAUGCCGUACACAACGAAGAAUUAAAAUAUCUUUUCAAUUUCGGUGGUACAGUGGAAGCUAAUGAGAAAAAUAAAUUGCUUAUUGCACGAAUUACAAAAUUGUGGGCCAAUUUUGUAAAAUAUGGUGAUCCAACGCCUGUGGUUGACGAUAUAUUGCCUGUCAAAUGGAAGUCGGCGGGAAAGGAUUAUCGACCAUACAUGAUUAUUGAUGCUGAUCUAAAACUUGAGUAUCGAAUAAACAAGGAGAGCAUGGCUUUCUGGGAUCUCUUUUAUAAAGCCUACGGGCAUUAUAAUAUUUACACCAGAGAUUGCAGCUUUUAAAUGUAU